UUUAGCCACAUUAUAGCCACUAAGUUUUCUCCACAGCUGUAAAGGAAGCUUAUGCUGUUUGGGAAACCAUUGCAUGUAAUAACCGUGACACGUCCAGUUAGCAGGCAGUGGAGCUAGCAAGCUAACUAGCUACUUUUAUUCCUAGUAACAGUGCUAGGAAAUGGAGCUACUGCUCAGCAAAACACUGGCCACAGAUGCAUAUACCUGGACAGAAAAUCCCCAGUUUAAUUAACCUCUGUGGAUGUUUUCCCCCUCGGAGUGGAAGACAUUUCGACGACAUUGUCAUCGGAGAGUUUGACAGGAGUGAAAUAUCCCCACUACUGUACUGUACUUGGGUUUUCUCCUCCAAACCAAAGCAAGAUGGACUCUCAUUCGGCUUGUCUGUCUUGUCAGAGCCCAGAUCGACAUUUUGCACGGAGAUGAAAAUGUAUGCUUAAGAGGUCAUCGUCAUUGCAUGACAAAGGCUGUGGCAGAUUCAUCUUCAUCACUCAUUCAGCAUUUCCAUAGUUUUUUCUUCAGUGCGGUAGUACCAUGAAGGGUGGAGGAAGGGGAAAGGAGCCACCAGUUGCGGGAGAGGUCGCAGGCAAGCGCCCAAAACGCAAAUGCCUGCAGUGGCACCCACUUCUCUCCAAAAAAGCUCUGGAUUUCUCUGAGGAGGAAGAAGAGGAAGAUGAAGAGGAGCUGGAGAAGCAGCCGCUGCUGUGCGACCAGGACCAGGGGUCUCAGGUGCAAUGUGGAAGCACAACAGAGGAAGUGGAGGAGGAUUCCACUGAACAGCGGGCUCGGCGGCCAAUGAAUGCCUUCCUCCUCUUCUGCAAGCGCCACCGCUCGCUGGUGCGGCAGGAACACCCUCGCCUGGAUAACCGAGGGGCCACUAAGAUCCUGGCUGACUGGUGGGCAGUGCUGGAGCCCAAGGAGAAACAGAAGUACACUGACAUGGCCAAGGAGUACAAAGAUGCCUUUAUGAAGGCAAACCCGGGCUACAAGUGGUGUCCCACCACCAGCAAACCGGUAAAAAGCCCAUCCUGUCAGCCAGUCAGCAACCCUCGCAAAAAAGUUUGGUCCUUCACUUCCAACCCAUCCAAGGACUCGACCACUGCCAAAAAAGUGCCCAAACCUGACAACAUGCCGCAGUUAAACUUUGCUAUGGCAGAUCCUACAAAGAUGGGAGGCCUGAGCAUGCUGCUGUUGGCUGGAGAACAUGCCCUCACAAACAGAGAGAUCCCUUCCAGCACUAAACCUAGUUUACCUGACACAGCCAGUGAAGGGAACUCCUUUCCAGGGGACAAGGAAGAGAUAUUGUCUGGGACAAUACCGAAGAGAGUGCCUGACAAUACUAAAAUCAGGGUCAAGUCUGCCCUUUCUCCACUGGCAGAGUCAUCUUUGUCUGCGGCACCAGAAGGAAGACCAUGCAGACAGUCCGCUCUCUUCCAGCUUGCUGAGAUGUGUUUAGCCUCUGAAGCCGGGAAGAUGGACACAGUCGUCUCUCAGCCAGAGGACAGCUGCUCUACAGCCUCCCUCCAGCAAACCACAGUCAAGGCAGAGACCAAGGAGGAGAACGCAAACACUGACGACAGCCCUCCCUCCUCGCACACACUGGCUCACCUACCUUCGCUCUCCUCUUGUACUUCUACCUCCACUGAUGCCAUUCCCCCACAACUUAACAGCCAAAACGCACGUGUCAAAAAGAAGAGCAAGAAAAAAGAUCCGACUAAGUCUAAUGAUUCCGAGGAGCUGGCUUGCUCACCAAAUAAGAUCAUGAAAAAGUGUAAUCAUGCAGAAAUAGAUACAGACAGUGUCUUCAGUACUAUUGAGGCGGUGGCCAAAGGGGUCUGGAAGGAACCUGAGGAGAAAGCAAAGAAGAAGAUGCAGAGCAGCCCUGGUGGCAUUGGAAACUCUGGUUUACCCAAAAAGAAGAGCAAGCCCAAAGUGAAGACCUCUGUCAAAGAACCUGAACCUGAAGAGGAAAUGGAAGAAGGCACUGGGCAGUGUGGUCAACAAAACUCCUCUGAUGUGGAAAUGAAGGAAGAAAUGACCGAGGCUAGCCCUAAGUCCGAGGCAGAAGAAACAAGUAUAGGAAGCACAGAGAUUCAGGAGUGUAUGGCUGAACCUCCUCAGUCCCCCAGUUACCCCUCACCUACUAAACUCAAAGAGGAGGACAAGGGGAAGGAGAGGCUGAGCGAGGUGGAGUCCAUCACAGAGAGCCGGGGGUCCAGGAAAUCAGAGAGGAGCUGCAAAGGAGCCUUGUACAAAACGCUGGUCUCUGAGGGAAUGCUCACUUCUCUGAGAGCCAACAUCGACCGAGGUAAAAGAGGUGCUUUACGUGCUUCGGAUCAUGACGCGACCUGGAGUGAUGACAGCUGGGCAGUUUCUCAGAUGGGACCUAAUAACCCCAAGAAGCUGAAAAAGUCCAAGUCCAAAGACGAGUCUUCGCAAGGCCUGGGGAAACUCGAGGAGGAGUUUGAGAAGAAGUUUAACAGCCUGCCACAGUACAGCCCCAUGACGUUUGACAAGAAGGGCACAGCCAUCGCAAAGAAGAAGAAAGCUGACAGCCCUGCAGCCCAGGAGGACAUGUCUAAAACUGGCAAAGGGUCAUCUCCAUCUCAGAAAAAGACUUCAUUCCACAAGAUUGUUAGGAAGCACAAACACAAAAAGGAGAAACCAGGUGCAGUGGACAAAGCGGUGGUACAAAGUGACUCCAUGCUGGACUCAGCUUCAAAAGCCAAAUCUUGUGCCCCUAUUGCCACGAUGUGCCCCGACAUCCAGGGCACCGCUAGUAUGGAGAUGUUAGUUGGUAGCCAGAAGAGGAAGGCUAGGAAGACCAAGAUCACACACUUGGUGCGCACAGCUGACGGCAGUGUGUCUCCAGCUGAGGAGGACAAAACUAGGGACCUGAUCCAGGAACAGGAUAAGAAGCCAUUACCCCAACAGAAUUUAUGCAAUGAAAAAGGGUGCUACAGUAAUCCCAGAGCAGAGGAGGCAGAAAGGAGCACCGUACCACAAGAGCUGCCCGCUUUCUUCAGUUUGGCAGCACUCGCUGAGGUAGCAGCCAUGGAAAACGUUCACAGAGGCCAGAGAGGCUUGGCUGAGACUCAGAAGAAAGAGCUUGCCCAGACUCCGGUCCUCAUCUCCUGCGCUGAUCAGUGAAAACUCUGCUGCUGUGAUAAGACGCCACAACAUGGACACUGGCAGUGGAGCUUUACUCUCCUCAGCUGAAAGAAGACUUGAUCAGGAAGCUUUGGACAGACUCCACCUUCCCCCCUUUUGUGGUGAAUUUGCUUGAGCCAGGGUUCACGGCGGGGGAACGAGAUGACUCUCCUCUUCCUCCUCCUCCUCCUCCUCUUCCCUGCUCCUUGCUAUCUCAGUGUUUUCCCCCCAAAGCCUUCCUUUGGUAAGAGGGAGGAUGCCUUUCUGAACUCCUCCCGCCCCCCUUAGAUGCUCCGUUAGGGCCUGUGGAAGAACCACGCUGUCCCCCCCAGUGCAUGGCUUCCCUUAUAGAGAUGGUUGUCAUGGGUUUAUUGUACACCUUUUGUCAAAUAGAGGCCAUUUUUAUGGUCACGUCUUGCAAUUAAAAUACAUAGCAUUUUAGGUAAGGAGAGAACCUGACAUAGCAUUCGUUUUCUAGAAGAACACAGCUUUCUGUCACCUUUUUACCUCACACACGCCUACUGAAGUGUCCCCCCUCCCCUCCUCCGAUAGAAUACCUCUGUAUUUGAACAGUUCUUACCCCUUCCAUUCCUUCCAGCUUCAACCCAAAAUGACUUUAACCAGGGUAAAUGAUCAUGAUGGAUAGACUUCCAUUACCUUGCUUAGUGUUUCCCUGUGGUACACCCAUGCGGUGUACUCAAACUACAAUGAAAUCACGGUUGACUAGAGUAUUUGAUAUGUAUGCUAAGUUGAUGCUACUGUAAAACAGUAUGUGGUAGCUACAAAUAAUCAUUUUAGACUGAAUGUGUAAGAGUAGACUUGUGCAUACCCUUGCAUCUGUGCUAUGGUUGACUUUUAGCUGAGGCUGUUUCCCUCGUUUAUCCUCAAGUAGUCGUCCCUGUCAGGUUUUAUGAGAAGAUAGCAUAAAAAACGCUUCCCGUGACAGGGAAGUUGUGUGAAAGUGAUUCAGAUAUAGCCUUAACCCUCCCACCCAAACCCUUUUUGCCGCCACAAAGCCCUCAACCAGCUUCUUGCUAAAUGCCAUCACAGUCCUGUACGCAUUUAUUUGAAUAGUGAAAUGCAGUUUUUGUCAAUACUUGAUCUUUUUGCAGUUUGCGUAGCAAUUAGAACGGUUAUUAAUUCCUUGUGUGCGACUUGUUUUAAUGGGGUAGGUGUUUUUUUUUUUUUUAAAUGAUGAUGAUUACGUAAACACUGCACUAAUUUGUAGCUGAAGUUUGAGUUGCUCUUGGUAGGGUGAUAAAAUGCCUUGUCUCCUCAGUGUUCGUUUGCCAUAGUGGGACAUAGUGCUUCGUGUUUUUAGGACCUGCCACAAGCUCUGUUAAAUUUGAGAAUUUGGCAGAAUCACAUUCGUGAAUUGUCUUCUACAACUCUCAUCAAAUGAGACUUUUAAAGAAGCGCAACACAAAAAUGAAAUAUUCUGUUUUGUUUUGUUUGUUUCUUGAUUUUAGCUUGUCAAAAUCUAGCAAAUUGAGAUGAAAUCAGAGCUAACGGAGACAAGGCAUUUGAUGAUCUUCUCCCCAUCAUGCGUUUCCUAUCGGCCUUUUUGAGAUUUUAUUGCCAAGUAAUGGUCUACUCAGAGGUUACCUUAUCGAUGUUUUGAUUUUUAGAAGUAUUUAUGUGUAGAAGAUUUUGUUAAUCCUCGGUCAGAAUCAUUCCACCUCCGCGCCUCUGUCUUGACCAUACUUCUGUUUACUGUGUGUUUGCUGUACUGAUGAGUAAAGAAGGAUGCAGUUCAGGUUUUUUCAGGACUGAGAGGAGCUGAGAGCUACAUAAACUCCCCACCUGCACCUCAUACUUACUAUCCUCUUGUUUCUCUGUGGAGACCAAUACUUAAUUUAUCACAUUUUAUAUCACCUAUAUCACCUUUUUCCAGCUUUUUUUUUUUUUUCUUUCUGUUUAUUUUUCUAUUUGAUUUUUGGUCUGUGUUUAUGAGUCCUCUUAUUAACUUUAAAGGUUUUUCCUGAGGUCAAGUUUACUGGAUUAAGACUGUUGUCAAAAGAGAUCAAGCUCAUAGACGAUGAAUGCAUCUAAGCUUACCUGCUAAGCAAAAAGGCACUGAGAUAAAAUGCACCGUCUUGUCCUCUCAACUCUGGCGGUGCAGCUUUGACUGCAUCCUGGUAACGUUAAGGUGUGCUUUCGGACACUUAAAAGACAAGACUGAUAAACACAGUGAGAAAUGCAUGGGUCUUAGAGAACCUGUGUUUUAUGUAAUAGAGUAUUUUUUUCUAAACCAAGGCAUUGUUACAUGGUAAAAAUGUUUUGCUUGUACACCCUUUGCGUGCAAAUAGUGCAGCACAUGCAACAGAUGUAGGAUUCCUCCCUAAAUUUGUCCUUAAAAGAUAAACUAACUGCAAAAUUUCCCAGUAAAGCUGAAGGGAACCACAGUAUGCUUUAUGAUAAUCCUAAUAAUAUACUGUAUAUUUAUAUUUUUUCAGAUAAGAGAGAAAGUUACAUUAAGGACACUAUCAUCCACACAGUAAUCUGUAUAGUUCUUCCACUGGUUUACAUCAGUGUAGUUCUUUGUAAAGACAAAGGAAUUGUCUUCCCCCAAAAUAGAUAUAUUUGCUUAUAGCAAGUGAGUUUAUUGACAUUUGCCAAAGAAAAGGGAAAGGUAUAUUCAAAUGGAAAUCCUGUUAAAUAAAAAAAAUGAAAGCUGGCAUGACAGUUGCACUGCAUUUUCUAGGUGUAUAAAUCUUCAGGUAACAAUAUCAGCACAAUUCAUCCUGUGUAUCUAAUGGGAUUUCCUUGGUGUUUGAACCCAGAGUUGGAAUGAUGUGCAACAAAAGGGCACCACUUAAUGCCUCUUUUAAUAUACAGUAUUUGCACCUUAUGACCCAAACCAAAAUAAUCAUGAUCUUUGAAAAAAAAAAAAUUAUAGAAUUUAUACCCAAUCUAUGGAAGUUAUGCAUUUUAAUGACUAUAUAUGCUAGAAUCCAGUCAAUAACAAAUCCACACAUCUACAAAACAGCCAUAAUACUGUCAUUUCCCCAUCCCCCUCACUUUUUCUAUCUAGAAAUGCUUCUAUAAAGUUUGAAAUUCCUAUAUUAGUUACCUAAAUGACUAUAAUACCCUUUUGUGCUAGUACUGUCUUCUUGAAUGUAAUCAUUUUGUACCUGUAUUUUUCUAAUUCAGUCUUGAUUGUACUGUAUGUAUGCUAUGAUGGUAUACUGUUCCUUAGGUGCAUAGUUCGUUACAACCAGUUCUCAUAAGAAGAUAGCUGCUGCACUGCGAACUCAAUGGAAAUAUGAGGAGGUUUUAAGUCCAAAGGACUUCCUGUACUUCGUGAGCAUCCAUUAGACUGAAAGUGGAGAGAGUCUUGCUUUUUGAGUGGUGGGACAAUAGCUUCCCCUGGUUUUGCUUUUUGUUUUUUCCUUUUUUUUUUUUCUUUGCAGUAAAAGUGAAAGUCUGUUCAGGUUAAGGAGGACAGUUAAAACAGGGACACUCCUGCAAUCAGACAGAACAAUUGAAUGCUUGAGUUUGAACUUAUUUAUUACUGUUCCUUUUUAUAGGUGUAGACGAAUAAAAAGACAUACACAACUGAAUAUGCAUCCAUUUAUACAUGAACAUGUAUAAGAUUAUCUACCCUUUACUGGAAUGUAGAUCAUGGCUUCUGUUGAUUUUUUUUUUUUUUUUUCUGUGAAGAAGAGGUUCUGCUUGAUCUUACGAGUCUCUUUCCUCUGAUAGUUUGUACAACCUGUGCUUACUCUAAUUUAUGUUAAUGAAAAUCACCAUGACAGAUAUGUUUUUGAUUGUUACAGCCCAGUUGUUAAAUGCAGCCUUGCCUUACUGGAACCCCUGCUUAGUGAGGGAUCCCUCAGCCACCUUACCCACCUGACCUACCCCAUCCCACCAACUCCUGUGUCAUAACACUGUUUGCUGAUGCAACUAUUAUUCCUUUUACACUUUCUGCUGACGCGACUAUUACUUCUUGAACACCUAUUAAAAUAACAUCUAUUACACCUCUG